AUGACCACCAGGGCCAUGAUUGGCUCCCCGGGCCCCAGUGGGCUGUCCCUGUCGCUGUGGCGGUGGGCGAGUCUCUGUGGGCCGGUCCUGCUGCUGGUUGCCAUGACAACCCUACUGCCAGGUUGUUGCCAGGCAUGCCCUCCACGGUGCGAGUGCUCGGCCCAAAUCCGUUCCGUCUUGUGCCAGCGGCGGCGCCUCACCGGCAUCCCAGAGGGCAUCCCCACGGAAACGCGCCUCCUGGACCUCAGCCGGAACCGGCUCCGCUGGGUGGAGAUGGGCGACCUGGCGCCGUAUCCGCACCUUGAAGAAGUGGACCUGAGUGAGAACCUCAUCGCCACACUGGAGCCCAAAGCGUUCGCCAACCUGCAGAGUCUCCGGGUGUUACGGCUGAGGGGGAAUCAGCUGAAGCUUGUACCCAUGGGGGCCUUCGCCAAGCUGGUCAACCUGACCACGCUGGACCUGAGCGAGAACAAGCUGGUGAUUCUGUUAGACUACACCUUCCAGGACCUGAGGAGUCUAAGACACCUGGAGGUGGGAGACAACGACCUGGUCUACAUCUCUCAUGAGGUAUUAUAAUAAUAAUAUAAUAAUAUGCCAUUUAGCAGACGCUUUUAUCCAAAGCGACUUACAGUCAUGUGUGCAUACAUUUUUACGAAUGGGUGGUCCUGUGGAUCAAACCCACUACCCUGGCGUUACAAGCGCCAUGCUCUACCAAUUGAGCUACAGAGGUAUUGAGCUGGUAUCCAUUUCAUCAUUCAUUUUUCAAACACUAUAUUGUUCCUGAUCUGUCUAUAACCUUUUAUUGAUUCUACUAUGUUUCCAAGAUUGGAGCUCACAUCUAAUCAAAUUUGAUUUUAUUAUGUUUGAAGGCCUUCUCUGGUCUGCUAGGGCUGGAGGAUCUGACCAUCGAACGCUGCAACCUGACUUCCAUCUCUGGCCAGACGUUGUCCUACCUACGCAGCCUGGUCACUUUGCGACUACGCCAGCUCAGCAUCCCCACACUGGAGGACCAGAACUUCCGCAAGCUGACCAACCUGCGGGGGCUGGAGAUCGACAACUGGCCCUACCUGGAGUACAUCUCCCCCCUGAGCUUCCAGGGCCUGGACCUGUACUGGCUGUCCAUCACCAACAGCAACAUUACCUCCGUCCCCUCGUCCUCCUUCAGAAACCUGAUCCACCUCACCCAUCUCAACCUGUCCUACAACCCCAUUACCACCCUGGAGCCUUGGGCCUUCAGGGACCUGCUGAGGCUCAAAGAGCUGAUCAUGGUGAACACAGGCUUGGCUACGGUGGAGCCCCACUCCCUGGGAGGCCUCAGACAGAUCCGGGUCCUCAACUUCUCCUCCAACGACCUCCAGACCCUGGAGGAGCGAUCGUUCCACUCCGUCAACAGCCUGGAGACGCUGCGGGUGGACGGGAACCCGUUGCUGUGUGACUGCCGUUUGUUGUGGAUCCUGCAGAGACGCAAGACCCUCAACUUUGACGGCAGGGUGCCUGUGUGCGCUGGGCCGGUGGAGGUGCAGGGGAACAGCCUCAGCACCUUCACCGAUUCUGCGCUCUUUGAUCACUUCACCUGCCAGAAGCCCAAGAUACGCAACCGCAAGCUUCAACAGGUAAGAGUUAUUAUCCCACUUUGCAGUACAUGUAAGCAUAGUGUAAUUACAGUUUAGGUACACAUUGAUAUGUAGUAUUACAGCUUCGAUGCCUGUUUCAGUUUUGUACCUAAUACUUAAUUCAUUAAUUUAUCCAUUCAUUCAUUCCUCCAAGGUGACGGCUCGUGAGGGCCAGCCAGUGAGUUUCCUCUGCAGUGCUGUAGGAGAGCCCACCCCCAACAUCAUGUGGAUCUCCCCUCAGCGCAGACUAAUCACAGCCAAGAGCAACGGCCGCAUCACCGUCCUCCCAGGAGGGACUUUGGAGAUCCGCUAUGCCCAGGUCACCGACAGCGGCACCUACAUGUGCAUCGCCAGCAAUGCCGGAGGCAACGACACCUACUUCGCGGUGCUCACCGUCCGGGGCGUGCCGCUGGAUGCCGCGUCGGCCUUCUUCGCCAACCGCUCGAUGUACGGCGGCGAGUUCUUCAACGACACAAACAUGAAUAGCACGCGCGUCUUCCUCAAGUUCACUCUGGACCUGACCACCAUCCUGGUCUCCACGGCGAUGGGCUGCAUCACCUUCCUGGGCGUGGUGCUUUUCUGUUUCCUGUUAUUGUUUGCAUGGAGCCGGGGGCGGGGUCAGCGCAAGAACAACUUCACUGUGGAGACCCCUUUCCGGAAGGCCGAGGGGCCGGCGGCGGCGGGUGGCGCCGGAGGGGCCCGGAAAUUCAACAUGAAAAUGAUAUGA